GCACACAGGAGCGCACCACUUUACUGUAGCAUCAGCACUGGAGAUGCACGCAUGCUGAAAGCACAGCUGCCCAUUCUGCCAGAAGAGGCACCUUGCACAAGUCGACCACCACUGGAGAAGACCAAGAUGACAUGUUCUGCAACUCUUCCUCCUCUACUUGAUUUCCGCGCAAUGUGGUUCCAUUUGGAUUAAGUUUUCAUUUGGAGCGACACCGGAGGAGAAAAUGAGGAUAAAUGUCGGAUGCCGUGGAUGAUGAUGUCCCACAAUGAACGCAGAUUUUCAAAAUCCGCCGCAAAUCCCUCGACCAAAGGUCCGCAGUCACCUCACCAUCAAAGUGCAGUCCAAGCUGAUGUCAAGACCUUCUCACUCUGUCCAUGGUCCAAAACCUCCUGUUGCCCCAAAGCCCAGACCCCUAUAUAAGCCUCACCCACAGGGGGAGCCCUGCCCUCAGCAGAGCCUCAGUAACGGAGACCUGGCUCACUCUGAUGGAGAGACUGAGGAUCUUCAUGAAAUGGCUGAGGAGAAUCAGGACAAAGAGGAGAAAAGUGAGGCAGAGGAGGGGGUUAUUGACAAUGGCACAGGAGACGAGGGCAAAGAGGACAUAGUAGAAGGAGAAACCAUGGUGGGAACAGAGAAGGAAGCAGAAAUAUUGGAUCAUGAUUGUGAUGCAGACAGCGUUGGCUCUGAUGACACAGUCAAAGCAGAUGAUGGUUCCACUAUUGACACUACGGAGGAUGAAAAUACUGAUAAUGACUUGAACCACCCUAAAAGUGGCUAUCGCACUGAUGAUGAGAAUACAUCAGUGUCUUCAUUUCUUCCAACUGAGACAGAGGAUGAAGCAGGAGAGGAGGAAGAGAGUUUUACUGAAAAGACUGAAAUUGUUUGUGGCCCUACAGGACACACAGGUGAACAUUUAGAGAAACAAACCCCUGAUAAAACACAGUCACUCAGACAGACUGGUAAAGGCACUGAUUGUGGAGGUAAUGAAGCAGACAGUGAGCAAAGUGAAGACUGUCUGCACAACGACUUACUUACAACUGAGACUGAACUGGAUGCUGGAGGAUUUGCAUUUGGAUUCAAUGUGCUUCCAACUGUGUCUGAGGAGUAUCCCUAUGAUGUGAUUGGCCCCACAGAUGAUGCUAGUGAUACAUGUGAGUCAUGUGACCCGGCUGAAACAGAGGUCUGGCAACCAGAACGAGCCACCAAGGACCUGUCUGGAUGUUUUCGAUUCACAUCCAGCACAGAGGAUGUGUUUGGGCCUUAUUCGGUCAUAGAAGCUGUUCCAGGAGAUGGAAGUGGCACCGCUGACCCUGAAUGGAGUCAGGAUGAUACUGAUGAUAAACCUUCAUCUGAACAUGAAGUGCAAACACCAGGUGCCUCUAACCAGGAACCUUACUAUGUGUCAUCAGAUGACGUGGACAAACUAGAGGACAAGCAAGCCCUGUCAGAUCAGGGUCACACUGAAGAGGGCACCGAGGAGUCAAGUCAGCACAAAGACAAAACAAAGGACAGUGAGUCAGCAGAUGAGUAUGCAGACAUUGACGAUUCACUCUGCCCUAAAGAAGAUGACUUCGAGCAAUUAGAGUGUGUCUCAUCGGAGGAUUACGUCGAAAUCGGUGAUGAUGACGAAGAGGAAGAAACAGAGAAGAAACAGAUCAGAAUAAAGAGUGCAAAAGAGAGAACGGCUAAACGAGAGCAGGCUUUCCAAAGAAAAAGCUGCCAGCCACGCCUUCGUUUGUGCAACAUCACCGUACCAGCAGACCUGGACCUGGGCCGCACCCCAGAGCUCACCAACAGGGUGGUGUUUGCCCACACCACUGAGGCCUUUGAAGAAGACAUCGAGGAACUGGACUGCCAUAUUGUGCCUUACUACGAAGACACAGACUCAGACAGCGAAGAGCAUAUAUAUGAAGAGGCUGGGUUUGACUCAGAAGGGGAGAACUUUGUGGCACUUGAUCGAAAGACAAUUGUCACACGGUCGCGUUCAUAUUCUGGGAAAGUUCCCGGUUACGUCCCAGAAACUGUCCCAGAGGAGACGGGGACAGAAUACCAGACUCAUGACUACUGCACAGUGGCCUUGGAUAAGAGCAGUGAACCUCUCAGCACCUCACCACAGAGAGGAGUCAACUGUCUGAUUCCAUCUGUGAAGUCUCGCCGUUUCAUGUUGUACUCCCGAUCUGCAGAGGGUCCAGAAUUGACCUUGACUACCCCAACAGAGAUCGACAAAUGUCUGAAGGAUGAGAUCAGGAUUAGGAGGAAGGAUGACAAUCUUUCCCUCCCGUGUGUCAUAACCUCUUCUGGAAGCUUCUCCCAGCGCAGCCAUCAGUCUUCCAGUGGUGUUUCCACGCCAACAUCUCUAGUGGACAUCCCUCCGCCUUUUGAGCUGGCAUACAUUACUAAAAGACCAGUCACCAAGAGUUCCCCGUCUCUCCUGAUCCAUCAUGAGCCCAGUGACAUACCUAAGAAGAAGAAGUCCUCCUUCAAGCGCUUUCUAGCACUGAAGUUCAAGAAGAAGACAGACUCAAAAGGAUACAGUGAUGGCAGUGUCCGCUCUUCACGUUCUUCUUCUGAGUCCAGCCACCAUGGCCCAGUGAGAGUCAUAGAUCUCGAUCGUAGAAGCACCGGCAGCUCUCCUCAGCUCCAGUCCCAUAUGGUGAACCCUCAACAACGCCACUCAGACCUUCCAUCUACCUUUGUCCUCUAUAACGACCACCAGAGGAGAAAGGGAGACCCCAAAGCUUUCGGCAGGGGCGUCUCCAGAGUAGAGUCGUUCGAGGAGCGAUCUCGCCGCUCCAUCAUGCCACUGCCUUUGACCAAACCACGCUCUAUCUCCUUCCCCAGUGCAGACACUUCAGACUAUGAAAACAUCCCAGCCAUGAGCUCAGACUAUGAGAACAUUCAGAUCCCAGGCAGACCCACCAGAUCCCACACUGUUACGGAGUUUUUUGAGGAUCCAAACCGCACAACAGCUACCUGCAAUGAGAACGACGGCUAUGUGGAUAUGAACAGCUUCCCUGGUAUUGACAGCAAACCUCAACCAUCAAAAGUGGACACUGAAAGUGCCUACACGGAGCCUUUCCCAAUGAACUCUGUCUCUGCUGGGCUCUCAGCGGAUGAGGACCACGGGCGAACCUCAGAGGAGGAAGAUGGGAUUGCGGAGCAAAAUUAUGACCGACAGAUUGAUGGCCGGUCCCGAGCGUUCUACAUUGCCAAAGAGCUCGUCGACUCCGAGAGACUCCAUGUCAGUGCCCUCAAAUACCUUCAGGAGGACUUUAGGUCAGCGGUGACUGGGCCGGCGGAUGAGGACGGUGAGCCGGUGCUGGAGGAGCAGAGGUUGGAGGAGAUUUUGGGUGUGCUGCCUCAGGUUCAUAGCCUCCAUAGCAGCAUCCUCGCCGAGCUGGAGGAGCGAAUUAGUCAGUGGGAGGAGAGCCAAAAGGUGGUUGAUGUGAUUUUGUCUCGCCGGGACGACUUCGGGGUGUUUGACACCUACAUCUCCGAGUAUGAUCGCAGCAUGUCUUUACUGGAGGAGAGCUGCAGGAACAACCCGGCUUUUGCCAGCAUUGUCAAGAAAUUUGAGACAAGAAGCCCAGAAGAAACUGAAGUCCCACUGAAACACCAGCUGCUGCAGGUUAUAGUGAGGGUCCUUCAGUAUCGAAUGCUACUCACAGAUUACCUGAACAACCUCUCUCCUGACUCUAAAGAAUAUGAGGACACACAAGCUGCCUUGGUGAUUGUGUCCGAGGUGGCAGACCAGGCCAAUGACAAUCUGAAACAAGGGGAGAACCUGUUGCGUCUGGUCCACAUAGAGUACAGCAUGAAGGGGAAGAGGGACCUUCUGAAGCCUGGAAGGAUGUUUGUCAAAGAGGGCACCCUCAUGAAGGUCUCGAGGAAAAGCAGGCAACCACGGCACCUGUUUCUGAUGAAUGACAUAAUGCUGUACACCUACCCUCAGCAGGAUGGAAAAUACAGGCUUAAAAACACACUCUCCCUGUCAGGGAUGAAGGUGAGCAAACCCACAGUGGACGAUGUGCUGAACUGUCUCCGGAUUGAAGUGUCAGACAUCACUAUUACACUCUCUGCCAGUUCGGUCGGAGAAAGGGAGGAUUGGUUCCACACACUGAGUCGAGCCAUAGCGGACCACGCUGCAGGACUUUGCACAUUUGGCGGACCCUGCAGUGAGGCUCGUGAAAAACUGUGGAUGGCCCUGGGUGAGGCUGCUCCUGUCCUGGUGCCAGUCUCUCAUGUGAUGAUGUGCAUGAAUUGUACCUCUGACUUCAGUCUCACACUCAGACGACACCACUGCAGUGCCUGUGGAAAGGUGGUGUGCCGUGCUUGUUCCAGAAACAGAUACCCACUGAAGUACCUCAAAGACCGAGUGGCCAAAGUGUGCGAUCACUGCUAUGCCGAGCUCAGGAAAAGAGGUGGAAGCAUGUCAGGAGCCUGUGGUAACUCCAGCCCUCGGACUCAUCGAACCAGUCGCCCCCUCUCUGCUGUCUUCCAGAACCUACAGCCCCCGAAUUUGUGGAAGACCAGGAAGAGCAGCUCCCCUCUCAGCCAGGUGUCACUCGGUGUGGAGGGCUCCACCAUUAGCGGGAGCCUGCAGCGCCGGAAGAAGAGCAAAAGGAAGUGGAAACGUCUGUGGUUUCUCCUCAAAGACAAGGUGCUCUACACCUUCACAGCCCUUGAGGAUAAAGUGGCCUCAGAGAGUCUUCCUCUGCAGGGCUUCACCGUCAAGCUGACUGAGAGACCAGAGGGGGAAGAAAGCGGCAACGUUUUCCAUUUGUACCACAAGAAGACACUCUAUUACACCUUCAGAGCCGAUGAUCCGCACACUGCACGCAGGUGGGUCAAUGCCAUGGAGGAGGCUACAGUUUUAUAGCACCUGCUCAGUUAAAUGAACAAACCCUGCUGUCUGUGACUGCUACACCUCCCUCGUGGAGCACAACAUAGCUACCUGCUGCAUCUGAACUCAGACCACCAGUCAGGAUUCAUCACAAAUUAUGGGAUAUUAAGAGACAGUUUUAUCAUCAAGGGGAUUUUAGACAAGGCUGCCACCCUGUGGUGAGGAGGUGAAAGUGACAGAAGCCAGAAGAAAGCCACUAAAGAGAAGAGAAGUGGAAAGUAAUGAUGUAAUACAAAAAAGCUCUCUGGUUCUCAGUGUUCUAAAGGAUUUUACAGAAGCUUGGAUUCAUUAAAUGCAACAUCUGAGAGCUUCAGAGAGAACAUUUCACUCCAUGUGCUUCACCUUUUUCACAAUGGCCAUCUGAUAAGUUGACAACUUUUCUAUGUUUGCUGUGUCUUCUGCCAGAGUGUCCACUGGAUUAUUCAAUCACUCUUCAACACCACAUCCUUUGCAGUUAUGCGCGAGACAAUUUCACUCUGCAGCAUUAUAAAAAGCAAACACCAGUAUUCAUAUGUUGUAAAAGGGAAAAUAUUUGCCAGUGUUUUUGAGAGAUAUUUGUUAUUCUGAAUAUAUAUUGUGAAGUAUACACUGCAGAUAUUGACCAAGUGAAUUAUAUGAUUUAUUUGUAUAAAAACUGUGUUACAUGAUGUUCUGAGUAAGGGUUUCGUUGUAACCAUCACAAUAUGUGUGUAUUAUAUUUGUCGUGGAGUUUUACACAGCGUUACACUUGUAUUGAAUUCACAAAGUUACAGAAUGACCCUCAGCAUGCCUACCAAGCAGAAGUAUUUCUUUAUCGAUGAACACUUUCAAAGACGCUUUCUAUUUUAAUCUGUAGGUUUUUGAAUCUUUUUGAAAUUUGUCAUACAGUUCUGAAGUGCCAAUUGCUUUCUUCCAGUUGAAUGCAGUGCAAGGUGCAAUUGUUGAUGAAUGUGCCUGAAAUGAAAUUGUACUCCUCAUUCUUUAUGUUAUCACAGUACUGUACGGAAAAACUUUGCUUUUUAUCCACUUAUGUACUUUGAAGUUUUAGUAUUUUGAACAGUUCAGUAACUGUCCAGUAACAUGAGAAUAUAGUAUUGUGCCAUUUUUAUGAAUGCCUUUUCAUGCUGUAUAUACUUGGCUAGAUAAAAUCAGUCUUUAUCCACGUCGACAGAAACCGUUGAUAAAUGCCAAACUACCUACAGUAUGAUGUCCUUUCAGUGAUAGAGUGAUCUGAGCCUCUCAUGUUUUCAACAGAAAAGAGGACACUAGAAUUGUUUUUUGUAUUAUUCCUGUUGUUUCAGCAUAUUCAGAUUUUCACACUUUCUCUUAAAUAACCUACCUAAAGGCAUUAUCUGUUCCAUUCAGGUUGCAGCUAUACUACAUGUGGUCCUUCACCCAUCAGCUAUUUCUAAAGCACACAUCUCUUCAUUAAGAGCUUUUCUACCCGUUUCUUAUGGCUCACACCUAUACUGUUAUAUGGAUUGUACCUCUAGCAUAUAGUGUAUUGUAAAUGUUUAUGUAUAUAGAUACAUAUAAAAAAUAAAAUGCUUUAAAAACCUCACAUAA